GCAACAAGAUGUCCUUAUCAUCGUUAUUGCACUGUGUGCAAACUGCGACCUUGAAUUGCCUUGAUUACAUAGAGCCUAAUCAACAUUAGUGAGCAAGUAAUCCAAAAAGUUUAUAGUUCAAUCGGUUCAGUGAGAAAUCAUUUUUCUUCUGUUCCUGUUACUGUGCGGAGCUUCUCUUCUUGAUUUUACAGUAUGGCUGAUACUGCCGGAAAGGUUAUCAAGUGUCGUGCAGCUGUAGCAUGGAAGGAAAAGCAGCCACUGACUAUAGAGGAAAUUGAAGUAGCACCGCCAAAGGCACAUGAAAUACGAAUUAAGAUUACUGCCACUGCUCUCUGUCAUACUGAUGCUUAUACUUUGGAUGGUCUUGAUCCUGAGGGAAUUUUCCCUAGUAUUCUUGGGCACGAGGGUGGUGGUAUUGUAGAAAGCAUUGGAGAAGGUGUAACUGAAUUUCAGCCUGGUGAUCAUGUUGUCCCGCUGUAUAUUCCUCAGUGUGGAGAUUGCAAAUUUUGUAAAUCUCCAAAAACUAAUCUCUGCAGCAAGAUCCGUGUUACCCAAGGUAAAGGACUUAUGCCUGAUGGUACCUCGCGGUUUACUUGCAAGGGGAAACCAUUAGCUCACUUCAUGGGUUGCUCUACAUUCUCAGAAUACACUGUUGUAGCUGACAUAUCCCUUGCCAAGAUCGAGCCCUCAGCCCCAUUGGAUAAAGUUUGUUUACUUGGAUGUGGUGUAUCAACCGGUUAUGGUGCUGCCCUUAAUACCGCCAAGGUAGAACCUGGAAGAACAUGCGCCAUUUGGGGAUUAGGUGCUGUCGGUUUGGCUGUAGCGCUUGGUUGCAAAGCAGCCGGUGCUUCCCGAAUCAUUGGCAUUGAUGUGAACCCGGCCAAAUUUGAGCAUGCCAAAACUUUUGGCUGUACUGAAUUCGUAAAUCCAAAGGAUCACGACAGACCCAUUCAGGAGGUCCUAAUCGAGCUUACUGAUGGUGGACUCGAUUACACUUUUGAGUGUGUUGGAAAUGUCAAUACAAUGAGAGCAGCCUUAGAGGCCUGUCAUAAGGGUUGGGGAACUUCCGUAAUCGUUGGCGUGGCUGCUGCCGGCCAGGAAAUCAGUACACGUCCAUUCCAGCUGGUGACAGGACGAGUUUGGAAAGGGACUGCUUUUGGAGGAUGGAAAUCCAAGGAAAGUGUACCGAAACUUGUCAAGGAGUAUCAAUCUAAGAAACUUCUUCUGGACGAGUUCAUCACUCACAAUAUGCCGUUUGAGAAGAUUAACGAAGGAUUCGAUUUGUUGCAUUCGGGGAAUGCUCUAAGAGCAGUCUUGCACUACUAAGGACAGAAUAUAUUUCCUUUUCUUUGCAUGCAACACAUGAUUGUGAUAGAUAUUUCAUUAAAAAAUAAUUUUUUCAAA